CUUUCACACAACACACGGAUCUUCAAGACUCUGAAUCACACAAACUCAUAGCAUCAAAUAUUUUCAUAUUUGUGUGUAGUGAAGGCUAAAGCAAGCAAGCAACAACAACAAACAACAACAGCAUAAGGCUUAUAUAGCUGUUUUGCUUUAUAUUAAUCAAUUCAACAACCAUGGCAGAUGAUCAAUUUCAAGCAAGUGCAAACUGGUGGGAAUCAGCAAGAAACUUGAGGUAUGAAAGUGGGGAAUCACAAUCUUCCUCUUCUGCUCUCACCAACAUAGGAAACUUUUCUUGGCAACAUGAUAUGGUGGACAUGAAACCAAGGUCUUCCAUGGAUUCCAUGUCUCCCUCAGGUACUUCCUCUGUGGUUUUCCAUGAUACACAUAAGCUUCAACCUCCUGAUUCUGCCACCUCCACCAAUGACUCCAACUUGCAUAUGAUGGGUUUGGGACUUUCAUCCCAAGCCAUUGAUUGGAAUCAAGCAUCUUUGAUAAGAGGUGAGAAGGCUUCAGAGAGCAGUUUCAGGUCGAUGCUGCAAGAGAAUUUGAACUCAUCAAGCACAAAUUUUCAACAAGAAACUGGGAUUGGUUUGUCUCAAGUUCAUUGGAGACCAGAAAAGUUGUUCACUGCAGAAUCUUCCACCAAUGAAUUCAAGCAAGUGAAUAGGGGUUUCUCUUUGGAUCAAACACAGUUUAGUCCUCAAUAUAGUUCUGGGGACAGUACAAUCACAAGCCAAGCUUUACCUUCUACUUUUCAUAUGGAUUCCUCAGCUUUAUAUGGUAACCCUUCAAUACUACAAGGACUAUUAGGACCUGAAAGCAAUCAACAACCCCAGCAAGGUUCGUUUGAGAAUCGCCCCAUGAAUUUUCCAUACUCAACAAGCUAUGGCUUGAACUCCAAUGAGUUAAUGCCUUCUUGGGCUAAAGUUCCUCAGUUCUUGAGAGCUUCACCUCCAAAACAACCACCCAAUAACCAAUUGCAUUUCACCAACAACGCUCCCUUUUGGAAUGCUUCUGAGGCUACUAUUAAGGAUGCUCGAUCCACCUUCUUCCCGUCAUUGCAGCCCCCAUUUUCCACACCAAAUUUUGCUGUACAACCAAAGAAUAUAUCUGAAGUUAGGGACUCGGGUCCUGCGGUGAAGAAAAGUGCGAGUGAAACAGCACCCAAAAGGCCAAGGAACGAAACUCCAUCACCUUUGCCAGCUUUUAAGGUGAGAAAAGAGAAGAUGGGGGACAGAAUCACUGCACUCCAACAAUUGGUUUCACCUUUCGGAAAGACUGAUACAGCUUCAGUGCUUUCUGAAGCCAUUGAAUAUAUCAAAUUCCUCCAUGAACAAGUAACCGUUUUAAGCACCCCAUAUAUGAAAAGUGGUGCUCCAAUACAGCAUCAACAGAGUUCUGGUAAAUCUAAGGAAGCUGAGGAUCCAAAGCAGGAUCUUAGAAGCCGAGGGCUAUGCUUGGUGCCAGUUUCUAGUACAUUUCCAGUGACUCAUGAACCCACAGUUGAAUUUUGGACACCAACAUUUGGAGGAACUUACAGAUAAUUAAAGGGUAGAAAAAGUGUCACGGAACCAAUACUCAACAACUAGGACAUGUCCUAUCAAAGCCUGGCCAAGUUGGGAAUGAUAAGAUGAAAGAAAAGAGAAUCAUGAGAGAGGACACAGAAGGCCACAUAAAUAUGUAAAGUUAGUUAGUUGUGCUGGCAUGGAAAAGAUAUUAAAAUUGAGAGAGAGAGAGAGAGAGGGUGGAAAAUAUGUUGAAAGAGGAAGAAAAGGAAAACGACCCUUCAAAAGUAAGGCCAUGGUUGGAGGGUUCUGGCCAAUUUUAGGAACAUUGGGAGCACAUUAAGUUGUUGUAAUAUAUAGUUGAAGAAUAAUGCUUACAAGGGUGGGAUUAGGAAUGACAAAGUUGCUGAAUAUGGGGAAGUUCUUAGUCUAAAGCUAAAUGGAAAAUUGUUGUUAGUAGAAUAUAAAGGAGCUUUAUUAAAUUUGAAGGAAAAGAAAUCAAAUUUGAAGGAAUCAUUGAAAUAUAGAAUUGAAGAGUGAGUGAGUGUGGGGAUAUUUCAUUUGAUUAGAUAUCUCACUUUUGAUUUGUUUAUUUCUUUGGAAUUUGUAAGUGGAAGUCAGAGGGUGGCCCACACUGUCCCUUUCAGUUUUUUGUUUUAAAAAUUUAGUUCGAAUUAAAUGUUUAUAUUUAUAAUUGUAGAUGCUUGUACACAUGCUGUUGUGCUUUGUAACGAAUGGUCACAUAGAGGGGUAUCCAU